AUGGACAAUGUCAAUACUCUCCUUUCGGUCCUCGCUUUCGUGGUAGUAACCGCUCUCACAGCUGGUCGUUUACUACUGGACUUUUGGACGCCACCACCUAUCGUGACACGCGACUCGGAAAAGCGGUUCCGUUCAAGGACGCAGAAGACGCCCGUACCAUUACCAACAUUAUCCGAUGAAGCGGAGGUCGACUUGACGGUCAUCAUACCGGCGUACAACGAGACUGCGCGUCUACCUCUCAUGUUGGAGCAAGCGGUCGAUCACUUGGCAUCCGUACCAGACCGGAGUGCCGAAAUCCUCAUCGUCGACGACGGUUCGAGGGACGAUACAGCCAACUUCGCGCUCGCCCUCACCAAGCGAUACGAUGAUGUCGAAAUCCGAGUGUGCGUCCUGGAGAAGAACCUCGGGAAGGGCGGAGCAGUUCGGCACGGGAUGUUGCACUCGCGCGGCAAGAGGAUGUUGAUGGUCGAUGCAGACGGCGCAAGUCGGUUCGAGGACCUCGAGCUGCUCUGGGCUGCGAUGGACAAACACGAAGACAAGCCGGCCGUGGCUAUCGGGAGUCGAGCGCAUCUGGUCAAGACUGAAGCAGUGGUCAAGAGAUCCAUGCUACGCAAUUUAUUGAUGUAUGGCCUUCACACCAUUCUACGCAUUGUCGGCGUAGGCCAUAUUCGCGACACGCAGUGCGGCUUCAAGCUCUUCUCGCGCCGAGCUGCCCGUGCCAUCUUCCCGGCCCAGCACCUCGCAACCUGGAUAUUCGACGUCGAGCUUCUACUGCUCGCAAAGCAGGCGGCCAUACCAGUAGAUGAGGUCCCCAUCGAGUGGCACGAAGUACCAGGAAGCAAGUUGAACGUCUUCAUGGAUAGCUUGCAGAUGCUCAGGGAUCUGCUCGUGUUGCGCGCGAACCAGUUGACGGGAAGAUGGGCGGCGCCAAAAUGUGUUGAUUAG